GAAGUAGUAGUAGUACCCGGAUGGAGCUGUCAUGGCCGCCGUCGCUGAGCUGCAAGGCUGAAGAGAAAAGGAAGGUAAAUUCAUCAACGCUUGCGGAGCCCAUCCCGACAUCACCAACCCAGAGGGAGAAGACAGAACAUUCAUGUUAAGGCUUCCUUGGAAGGGGUAAAGGAGCCUGUAUAUUGAAGCAUGGAAGAGGACCUGAUGACACAGGAUGAUCCCGCUGAAAGCCAUGAUUACAUCAUGGAGGCUGAGGAAGAAAAGGAAUCCACAAAGGCCCACACAGACCAGAUGGCAGGUCAAUCUUCUGUGUUGCCAUGUAGUGACCAAUGUGACCCCGAUGAAACAUCUGAAGAGUCGGGUAGUUACAAGACAUCCAGAAAAGCAUCUAAGAAGUCCCCAUGUAAAAUACAGCAGGGUGCAGUCUUCUCUGGGAAAAUACUUAGCUUUGGGUGUUCAGAGUGUAAGGGUGAAGCCACCUACAGCCCCAAUGACCUCCUCAAACAUUUUCAGGGGGCCCACAAGGGAACCCUGCCGACGUAUCCGUGUGACUUGUGUGGCUUUGCCACAAAUGAGUUCCCUGCACUUCAGCGCCAUCGGAUCGGGCACAGGAACACUUUAGUCACAUGUGAGAUCUGUAAUGAUGAUGUACAGUACUCUCUCCUCAUGCUCACUAGACACUAUAUCAUGUCUCACAGCCAGAAUGGCCACUUUCACUGUGAAAAAUGUGAAUUUUCAACAGUUGACGCAGGAACAUUUGUGCAGCACAUUCAUCAUCACAAUGAGAGCCAGCUCAAAUGUGUGAAAUGUCAACAUGUGAGCUCUAACCGAGGUGAGCACCAGAGGCACCUAAAACUCUACUCGGGUACCUUCCCCUUCACGUGUCUGGUCUGUGGAUAUGGGGCAGCACGGAGAGAAUACCUCACAAAGCACAUGGUAACUGUCCAUGGUGAGGAGGCAGACAAGAAAAAUGUAUCGAGAUCAACGGAGGACAGCAACAAUACCCUGGCAAACUCCUCUGCAGGAUUAAAACUCCUGCUGAAGAAAAGCCUUGCUGCAGGUGGUCAAUCAAAGGAAUCCCAGUGGAUGUCAAAACUGAAUUCUCUUCCUGGAGUGGGUUUACAUAACCAAAAUGGAAGGGUGCUGAAACCAGAGAAAACAUUGGAGGAAUCCCAACAGUUCCAUGAAAGGGCUGUAGGCGUGAAAAAGGACAGUAAGAAGUGGUUCAAAGGCGCUCUUAAGAAUGAGCAACAAAUUGACUCCCAGGCUGUAUCAUCUAUACCACCACCAAAGACCCAGGAAAGUUUUGAUAGUCAUGGGGCUGACGACCUAAACCCCAACAACACCAAUGGACUAACUGUUCUCAUGGUCAAAAAUAAAAUCUCUAUUCCACCUAACUGUACUACAAAAGUGAUGGGCUUCAAGAUGGUUGAUGGUAAAAAGCAUUUAGUUCUCAAAGUUAUACCAACAGCAAAGCUGGAGUUCUCAGCAGAAAAUGACAUUUUAUCUACAGGGCAAGAAGUGGGCUGCCCAAUGAUAGGCACUAACUCUGAUGGAAGUAAAUGCUCAGACUCGACUGAAAAUGGGGAAAAUACUAGCUCCCCUUACUUGGCUGUUCUAAGCCCCUCAGGGACUGAUAGCGAUGCUGCAAUUUCAGUACAAGUGAAGCCAGAGGAAGAGGACGUUAGCAUUGAGGAGACAUUGCCCAUACUGGAGAAACUAGCACAGAAAGCAAAAAACYCAGUGGAGAAGAGGAUUGAUAAACAACAUACGUUUAAGGGUGACCAGAUUCCUUCCUUGGCAGUUUUUCCAAUGACUAAAGAGUCGGAUCACGCCACGAUUGAGAACGGUAAACUGAGUAACAAUACAGCAGACAAAAUGUCUGCUUAUUCAAGCCCUAAUGUGACUGCUGUGGAGCUCCUCCCAGCCAAAAUACUCACAGAUAAUACCAUGCCUUCUGAAUCAGCUUAUGAGACCAUGCUUCCCAAACCAGUUUCUGAAGAGACGAUCAACAUGCUUGGAGUUGGUGACAUGAGUACAGCUACUGCUGAUAAUUUCAGUGACCCCAUCAAUGGAAAUUCCUCUCGGCCCAAAGGAGAGACGUUACCCUCCAAUGACAAACCUAAGACUCCCUCAGAACCCAUGACUGGUGACAUCCAACCUUCUGAUGAUACUGCUGAGAAGACUCAUUCAGUUAUCAAGGAGAUGGAUCCUUCUGAUUCUACUUCCGAUAAGAUAAAUUCCAGUGUGGCUGCUAAGACUAAAACUGAAACUUUAUCGCCAGAUCUGACGGCCCAACUGGAGUCACACCCAGCUGAAUUUGUCAACUCCAGAGAGACUGAUAUUAAUGCUGAAAAUCAGAAUUCUCCCAACCAAGAGUUGUUUAGUUUUCAUAAUUACUCAAAGGAAACAUCAAGCAUUUCCUCCAACUCAACACAACCUUGUGAAAAUCCAUCAGAGCUUUCGACAGAGGAUGAAAGUGUUUGGAUGAAAGAAUGGAGUUUGACAUUGGCUGCAUCCCCACAACCUACAGAUGAGUGGUCUGGAAAUGGGGAAACGGAGACAGAGAAUGCAAUGGAAAGAGUGUCAGACCGUGACGUUGAGGUCGAUGAGUGCAUAGCUACUGUAGAGGAUCUGGCCACCCCAGUGGAAACUGAGAAGGCAAAUCAUGGACACUCUUGGUCUACACACCAAGUCCAACCUACUGUAAAAAUGGAGGAGUGUGUUCCUUUGUCGGAAAGGGCAACAGGAAGCAUAAGUAGUUUGGCCGUCUUGGGUCGCAUACUGGAGGAGCAUUCGGAUGCUAUCAUUAGCCACCAGCUUGAAAAAGAUAGAAUAGGCUGCUCAGCUGCCAGCCACGAUUCUGUCAAGCCACCUAAGACUAUGCUAAGGAUCCUUAAAUCGGCAGAGGGAAAGCAGCAGAUGUUGUUACACACUGCAAAGAACCGGUAUGCUGUACCUGUGCAGCUCCAAGGCAACCCAGGGUUCAAGCUGAUAACCAAAUCUACUCCUCAUAUCAAUGUGUCCUAUGUUAAGCCAGGAAUUGAAAGACAGAAUAAAACCACAGGGCUGGCACUCACCCUCAAUGGUGGAAGUUUCAGCAUUCUAGGACAGACUGUAGGUGCUAGUGAAAAAGGUGCUAGGCUGUUGUCUGCUGUUCAGCCUGGAUCUAGCACUAGUGCAAGCCAUUACCUACUCAACAGCACAUCUCUUAAAGGUCCUCUUGUCUUGUCAGGUGCAGCACAUAGUUCUACUGGAGAAAAUACCAUAAAGUCACCGCAGACUUGUUACUUAGUCCAGAGGCCAGUCCCUGUAGAUCAGGCCCCCCACAAUGCUGGUAACAAAUUGGCACGUUUAAGCUCUCAGUCUCCACUUUUGUCCCGUCCAGUUCUGGCAAUGUCUGCAAACUCAGUGAACAGAUCCACUGCAUUACACACUGGGCGACAAGCCUUCUUGGUUAGGUAUAUCUCUACAGCUAAGUCAGGGAUGCUUAUUAAUAGUCCUGAUGGGAAGUCUGUGAACCAGAAAGGUCAACCUAAUGAAAGUAGGGGACAUAAAGUUGUAUAUAAGAUAGUCAGAACUGCCAAUGGUAGUGCGUUCCUUUCUGGUGGUGCACAUUCCUCAGCCAACAAGCCCAUUUAUCUGGCCACAAAUUCUACACCGAUGCCGUGUUUUCUGAUGUCAUCAAAUAAAGUCUCAACCGGAGUGAAAAAACUGAUAUCCAUACAAAAUGCCUCCCACAACCCUGUCACGGCCUCACAGCUCUCAAAUCUUCUUUCCCCCCAAUCCAACUUGCAAGGUAGGGUCAGGCAGAUAACGGACGUAGGUCUGAAUAAACACCCCCUUGACCCAAGGCCAGGUCGCCAGCUAAGUCAAAGGAAGAGGCGCAGGAAAGCAUUGUGUGAUGAACUCCCAGAGCACUUGACUAAAGCGAGGAGGCUCUCGAGCAAGGCGGUAACUGAAAAAGGGUCUCCCUUGCUCUGGGAGCCUGUACCCAAAGAUGCAGAGAGGACACUGAGACUGUAUCCUUUCAGUUCACUACAGGAGAUUAAGUGCCCUCGCCGAAAUCAGCCGGUGGUUGUUCUCAACCAUCCUGAUGCAGACAUUCCUGAAGUGGCCAGUAUCAUGAGCUCCGUCAACAGGUAUAAAGGUGCUGUUUCCAAGGUGGUACUGUCCCAAAAGACGGUUCAAGCUCUGGCUGAACUCUGCCCAGCCGGACUUCUAGGGAAAAGCUCCAAGGCUAAAUGUCCCUCGUCACAAAGCAGUGGCUCCAGACUUCAGACUUCAAAAAGCAGAGUCCGAGAGCGAUUUCUGUUGAAACUGAAGUUUAGAAAGUCUAGCAGGAAAAAGUAUGAGGUGGUGAAGUCCUUAUUUAGAGGUACAGAGAGGUCAUCAAUGUUCGCCUGCUGGUUUUGUGGUCGACUCUUCAAGAACCAAGAGGAGUGGAUUGGCCACGGCCAGCGGCAUCUCAUGGAAGCAACCAGAGACUGGAAUAAGCUGUUUUAAAGCUGUUACAAAACCCCUGGAUUGGCCCACAUACCGUCCUAUAGAGUGGAACAAAUGGAGAGGUUAAAGCAUUUUUUAAAUUACUUAUCAGUAUACUUUAUUCUUAUAACGCUUUAUAUUCCCAUAAAUGCCCUAUUAGCUAUGAUUGAAUCACGGUUUUUGAGGUUGUUGAUGUGUGGUGUAAGCUGAAACACGUACCAGUCAAGUUUGGACACACCUACUCAUUCAAGGGUUUUUCUUUAUUUUAAUAUUUUCUAAAUUGUACAAUA